AUGAGUAGAAGUGCAUGUAGUCUUCCACUUCCAAAUGGUAAAUUUUAUCUAGUUGAUUGUGGUUACCCAAAUAGGCUACAAUUCUUGGCUCCCUAUCGGGGUACGAUGUACCACCUUAAAGAGUUUGGCCCAGCUAACAACCGUCAGCGACCACGCAAUGCUCAAGAGCUAUUCAACCAUCGACAUGCAUCACUUAGAAAUUGUAUUGAACGUAUUUUUGGUAUUUUUAAGUCUAGGUUUACAAUUUUUAAGUCUCAACGUCCAGGUUUUCCAUAUGAGACACAAAAAAGUAUGAUCCGGGCAUGUAUCGGUCUGCAUAAUUUUCUGAGGAUGGAGAACUCUAACGAUGACUUUGAAGUUUCUGAUCUUCCUCCAGAGGCACCACGCAAUGUUGCUCCGAUUGAUGGUGAUUCUGAUGAGGACGAUGACCUACAAACUCAACAAGCACAACGGACAGCUGCAUCACGUUAG